UUAACCGCUGCGCGGACCAGCCCGGCUCCCUCGGGGCGGGCCCCACGCUGUCUCGGGCCGGGCGGAGCGGCAAAGCGGCGGCGCCUCAGAUUAGGAAGUGGAAUUUUGUCCAGUUUCUUCUUGCAAAAGAAAUAAAACUAGAGAAUAAAAAUGGGUACUCCUGGAUCAGGAAGGAAAAGAACUCCAGUAAAAGACAGAUUUUCUGCAGAAGAUGAAGCUUUAAGUCACAUUGCCAGAGAGGCAGAAGCAAGGCUUGCAGCCAAACGAGCAGCUCGAGCAGAAGCAAGAGAUAUACGUAUGAGGGAACUGGAGAGACAGCAAAAAGAGGAAGAUUCAGAAAGGGCCAGGUAUUCUCACCGGUCCAGUCAACGUUCAUAUCUGACCUCAUCUUUGGAUGCCUCUGGGUCACACAGAAGCGGAACAAGUACUUCCCAAAGGAGAGAUCACGGGUAUGAAGGCAUGAAGGAUCGAUCUACAAGUUACUCUCUCUCAACUCAUGCUUACAGCGACUCCCAUGGUAGAAAGAAGGAAUAUUCUUAUUCCCACAAAGAUCUCUUGAGUGGACUUUACCAUGAUCAAAGAAAUUAUAGCAGCCUUAGACAUAGCAAACCUGCUUCUUCCUACCAUACUCGGUCCUCUUCUUUAUACAGUGAUCCUGUGGCAACUACUAAGAGUUACAGGAUAUCUACUACUGUAAACACUGGUUUGAUAAGAAGUACCAGUUUGGCAUCAUUAUGUGGUGAUGGAUUAUAUAGCUCAUAUAGUUCUCGUACUCCAUCUGAAUACAGUUAUUACUCUUCAAGAGCAAGCUCAACUCGAAGUAGUCCUGUGUUUACAGAUGAUGAACUAGAGAGUACCACAUCCUCUCAUCAUGUGAGCCGAGGGCGGAGAGAUAGUGUGGUGAGCUGGGUUGCAUGCCAUGAAACUGCAGCUGAUUAUUUUAGUCGUUCCAACCGUAGGGGAAGUAUUGUCUCUGAUGUGGAUGAUGUAAUUAUUCCAGCUCUAAAUAGCCUGGAAGAAAAGUGUGACAAACAACAGUAUUCGGAAAUUUAUACAAGGCCGGCAUCUCGAAAUUCAGCAACUGCAACUCCCCUGAGCGGAAACUCAUCCAGACGAGGAAGCGGGGAUACCAGCAGUUUGGUUGAUCCCGAUGUCUCAUUAACUGAAUUGAGGGAGAUCUAUGAUCUUAAGGACCAGAUACACGAUGUAGAGGGGAGAUACAUGCAGGGACUUAAGGAACUAAAGGAUUCUCUUGCUGAAGUUGAAGAGAAGUAUAAGAAGGCCAUGGUAUCCAAUGCACAGUUAGAUAAUGAGAAAAACAAUUUGAUUUAUCAAGUGGAUACACUAAAAGAUAUCAUUGAAGAGAGAGAGGAGCAGAUGGCAGAGUUCUUCAGGGAGAACGAAGAGAAGUCAAAGGAACUGGAAAGGCACAAACACAUGGGCAAUGUUCUACAGCGUAAGUUGGAUGAACUUAAAGAAGGUCUUCGCCAGAGAGAUGAACUAAUAGAGGAGAAUCAACGCAUGCAGCAGAAAGUAGACUGCUUAACCAGAGAGGUGUAUGACCUCCAGGAGACAAUUAAUUGGAAAGAUAAAAAAAUGGGGGCUCUAGAAAGACAGAAAGAAUACUUUGACUGCAUUAAGAAUGAGCGAGAUGAGCUCAGAGAUGAGUUGGCUGACAUGAAGGAAACAAUGAAGAGAGGAGAGAAACAUGGAUUAGUUAUAAUCCCAGAUGGCACUCCAAAUGGUGAUGUAAACCAUGAACCAGUGGUUGGUGCAAUAACUGUUGUAUCACAAGAAGCAGCUCAUGUCUUGGAAACUGCAGGAGAAGGACCACUAGAUGUUCGGCUACGAAAACUGGCUGAAGAAAAAGAAGAACUAUUGUCACAGAUUAGAAAGCUGAAGCUGCAAUUAGAAGAGGAACGACAGAAAUACUCUAAAAGUGAUGGUUCAAAUCCAGAUAUAACAGGAUUAGAGAAUGGUUCUGACUUGCAGUUAAUUGAAAUGCAGAGAGAUGCCAACAGACAAAUAAGUGAAUACAAAUUUAAGCUUUCAAAAGCUGAACAAGAUAUAACGACCAUGGAACAAAAUAUUGGAAGACUUGAAGGACAGGUUAUGAGAUACAAAACUGCAGCAGAGAAUGCAGAAAAAGUAGAAGAUGAACUCAAAGCAGAAAAAAGGAAACUUCAACGAGAGUUAAGGACAGCUCUGGAUAAGAUGGAAGAGAUGGAGAUGACCAAUAGCCACUUGAUGAAGCGGUUGGAGAAGAUGAAGGCUAAUAGGACUGCUCUUCUAUCUCAACAGUAGAGAAGACUUCUUUUUUAAAUGUGCACUGCUCCUUGAAAUAACUAGCCCUUAGUUUGUUUUUAUACAGACUUUCAUUGGCACAAACUUUUGAACACUGAACUGUUCAGUGAUAUUUUAGUUUCCUAAUUAAGUGGCAUACUUUGUAACUUAUGAGAGAAUGAAAAAUAGUUCCAGUUCCCAUGUGAAUGAUGGUGAUUUUGUUUUCUUUACCAGUUUGACUUUAGAGUCAUCUGGAGCACAAUGCUGUAUGAUUGACUUAUUGCUAGAAAAUAUGUUUUCACAACUGUGGAAUCAAGUUUACUCUCAAUCCUUAUUUCAGCUGCUUUAAUGAUGCUUGGAGACAACUGCAUGACUUCAAGAGGACACUGUUUAUUAAACUAACAAAUAUAUUUGCUCAAGACAUCACACAGCACAAGUGCCUUCUAUAUGGUGCAAUUUAGACUUCAGUUAUGUUAGAUUGUCAAAAUAACCUUUGAAAUCAGAUAACUUUUAUUUUAAGAUACAUUUUGGGCUCUGUUCACUAAACUUUAUACAUUUUGAUGGAAAGAUGCGUUUUUGUAUAAUAUUUAAAUUUAUAAGAAAAAAUAGGGACUGUAUAUAAAACUUGCUUUUUUGCAUGGGUGAUGGUACAUUUGCGUUCUAGAUUUUUGUCAAAUAUAAGCCCUGAAAUUCUUACUAUAACAGGAGGGACAUCAACCUCUACGAGUUCUUUUGUUGUACAUUGUAAAACUGUAUCAUCUGCUGCUUAAGUGUGGAUUUAAAUUUUAGGGCGGGAGGAGGGUAUGGAAAAUGUGGCUGAUGAACUUAUUAAAUGGACACUUUACUGACCAGAAUAA